CUGCCGGUGGCCGACACUAGAGGCUUCCGCUGCUGUUUGCUUGUGUUGUUUUGGUUAGCAGGCUAGCUUCAUGCUUUCCUCUGUAGCCGGUUGUAACGGUGAUGGCUCUCACAUGAGGUGGGGAAGCGGGUCUGUGUUUUCUGAUUAAACGCCAAGCGAAGUGUCGUGGACAUGGCCGGGGUUUUCGACAUCGAUUUGGAUCAACCGGAUGAGAAUGUCUCUGACGACGAACUUGAGGAUGGGGGUCAGCUCGGUGAAUACAUGGACCAGUGCAGUAGCUUUGAAUUUAACAUGGAUGACUGUGAGAAGUUUGAAAUUUCAGAGAACAGCGUGAACAAAGGAACAGAGCAAAUCAGGCCUGAAUGUUUUGAGCUGCUAAAAGUUUUGGGGAAAGGUGGCUAUGGAAAGGUAUUUCAGGUUCGGAAGGUGUCAGGUGCCAACUCUGGAAAGAUAUUUGCUAUGAAGGUUUUAAAGAAGGCAAUGAUUGUGCGUAAUGCAAAGGACACGGCGCACACCAAAGCUGAGAGGAGCAUUUUGGAGGAGGUGAAGCAUCCUUUCAUCGUGGACCUCAUCUAUGCCUUUCAGACUGGGGGGAAGUUGUACCUCAUUCUGGAAUAUCUGAGCGGUGGGGAGUUGUUUAUGCAGCUGGAAAGAGAGGGCAUCUUUAUGGAAGACACAGCCUGUUUUUAUCUAGCUGAAAUUUCAAUGGCGCUGGGUCAUCUGCACCAGAAAGGCAUCAUCUAUAGAGACUUAAAGCCUGAGAACAUCAUGCUCAGCAACACUGGACACGUGAAGCUGACAGACUUUGGUCUGUGCAAAGAGUCCAUUCACGAUGGAACAGUCACCCACACCUUCUGUGGCACCAUUGAAUACAUGGCUCCAGAGAUCCUAAUGAGGAGUGGACACAAUCGAGCCGUGGACUGGUGGAGUCUGGGAGCGCUCAUGUACGACAUGCUGACAGGAGCACCUCCAUUCACGGGUGAAAACCGAAAGAAAACAAUUGACAAAAUCUUGAAAUGCAAACUCAGCCUUCCACCUUACCUCACACAAGAAGCCAGGGACCUCCUAAAAAAGCUGCUAAAACGAAGUGCCUCAACAAGACUCGGGGCGGGACCGGGAGAUUCUGCUGAGGUUCAGGUCCACCUAUUCUUCCGUCAUAUAAACUGGGAUGACCUCCUUGCUCGCAAAGUAGAGCCUCCAUUUAAACCAUUUUUGCAAUCAGCUGAUGAUGCCAGCCAGUUUGACUCCAAGUUCACCAGCCAGACUCCAGUAGAUAGCCCUGAUGACUCCACGCUCAGUGAAAGUGCUAAUCAAGUCUUCCUGGGUUUCACAUACGUAGCUCCAUCUGUGCUUGAAAACGUUAAGGAGAAGUUCUCUUUUGAGCCAAAGGUCCGCUCACCGCGGAAGUUCCCUGGAAGCCCAAGAACACCUGUGAGUCCAUUGAAGUUUGCAGGAGGGGACUGCUGGCUCCGGGGACCCUUGCUGACCAGCAGCCCAUCCCUGCCGUCCUCCAGCAGCUUUGUGGACCAACCUAUGGAGGUGUCAACAGUGGAGCAAAUGGACACAAGCAGCAGUGGCACCUCUGAGGUGUCUGCUCCCCUUCCCAUAAGACACCCUUCAGGCAUCAGUGCAGGACCCUACAAAAAGCAGGCCUAUCCCAUGAACUCCAAGCGGCCUGAACACCUGCGAAUGAACCUAUGACGCUUGGCUUGCACAUGAACUUUAGCGGUCUUUCAAUUUCUUCUCCUCUUCCUUUUUAUUAUUUUAUUUUAGAUACUUUAUGAUUUUUUUUUUUUUUUUUUUUUUUUUGGGGAAAACUUGACUGACACUGUCAACGCUGAUCACCAGCUCUUCCAGCAGCGCCUUCCCUGCCUUGGCCUCCCAGUUCCUCUUUACUCAGCCUAGCUUCCUCAGCCUCAUGGGGAUUGUCAGCUGAUUUCUGAUCAUUAAGUGGAGUGCAAAUUCAAUUAUAUGGUUUUCUUCUUCUUGGUGAGGUGGUUUUGGUGUACCCAUCUGGCAUUAUCGAAUGACUGUCUGGUACUCCUUUAUCUUAAAGUCUGCACUGUUACUUGUUGCAACUAGUUACCAGAAAGGAGAUCCUCUUAUCCAAAAUCUGCAGGAUUUGAUGGUGGAUCAAAUAACAGGCAUGGAGAAAGAACAGAAGGACAUCCCGUAUGGAAUUGUAUCUGCUGCAAAUAAAAUCCCAUAUGAGUGCUCUUUGGUGUGCAGAUCCAUCUGUUCUUUUUCCAUCAUUUCCCUGUCAACAUGCCUUUUUCACCUCUCUGUAGCAUUUUCCCAAUAAAUACAUCAUCUCGUUGCCUUUGUCAUGGGAGCGUGGGUCAGGAGAAGUAGUGGAGCAUGACUAACGGAAAAGCAUCCACAAAAGGAUGAUUGAAAUCUCACUGUGGGCAUCACUUCCACCACAACCAUGACCAAAUACUGGCACUGCUUCACUUCUAUGACUGGAAUGUUGGCUUUAGGACUUCUGUCUAAAAGCACUGCUCAGUUCCUUUGUUUUGAAUGUAAACACUCCAAAAGCCCUUUUUUAUGUGUCACUUAAAUCUCCUGUGCUUAUUUCACUCCUGCAGUCUCUGACCACUAUGAUUGCUUGAGACCAACGUGCUUGAUGACCCAAAACACACCGAGCCAGAUUGGUAUCACUGCCUUUUACCAGUUCAGGCUGCAUUCAAAGCUUUUGAGUGUUUCUUUUUGUUCCAGUAACAAGGCUCUUAGUGACCAUACGGGAUAAACCCAAAUUCUUGUUAGCGGACCGUCAACCAACACCUGUUCGAGCUGAGAUGUUUGAGGUGUUUGCGAUGUGAUGCUGUGAUGUGAAACUCCUUAAUCCUUUAUAAAAACUGACCGCAGGGUUUGAAGCAGAUUGUUUAAACUGUAAUCCAAAUACUUGGAGUUAACUGAAAAGGCCAAAAGUACUGUUUUGAUUAGCCAAAACAUUUUGAAAUAUUAGAAAACUGAUUUAUCAAAGAUUUCAAAUGUUUUCAUGUGACUUUUAAUCAUGCUGACUUUGUUUCGUGUAUGAUUGUUUUUGCAACAAUGCAGAUUUUUUUCCAACAUGUUUGGGGCUUUUGGUUGUAAUAACAGAUCAGUGUCCAGCUGAACGUUCUCCUUCUACCAUUCCGGUACAGCUGUAUUUUAGAGCAGUUACUCUACUUUAAUCCACUUUUGUAUUUAUUUCAAGGGCCGUUGUGCUUCGCUGCAUUAUGCACACUAUGCAAUCUAUGUAUUUAUUUUGUAAUAUGACUAUGGCAGCAGAAUGUGUGAUUUCCUAUGUCAUAAUGUUAAUGUACAAUUUUUUUUUUGUUUCCACACAACACCCAACCUCAAAUGCAGCUUUUAAUUUAAAAUUGGCUCAGAUGUCUUACAGUAUUUAUUUUGUGCCAUAUUAUCACAUUCAGAAGGGAUGUUCUUAAGACAUUUUAAUAUUUAAGACAUGAAUAAUUCUUGUUCCAAACUUUUCUUGGGUGCAGUGCUUGAAGCAAGGAUGACAACUAAAAAAUAAUGGAGUGGCAUUGUGCCUUGGGUUACAGUGUACAUUAUGUAUGUACAUAUAGCUGUAAAUUAGAGUGUAUGGAAUAUUCUGGGAUUGACUCGGUUCCUCUUAGGCCUCUCUAGGAUGCACAUAUCUUUGCUUUACCGGUUCAUUGUGAUAUCAAGCGUGGGAUCAUUUGUGUGACUUAGUUAGGUCUACAGGAGGUUACGCUUCAGUAGCACCUUCCAGAAAGAGAAGUUUGACAACGACCAUCUCGUCAAGUUUACUUCAUGUGGAGAAACAUCUGUUGAUAGGGGAUGUUUUUUGAUCACUGGUGGGCAUUGAGCAUUAUUUCUGUUUGCAGUCCUCAAUUCAAAGGGUGGAUGUUUGAAUGACAUUAAUCAUGUACAUAAUGGAUUCACAAUAAAUACAUUAAAUUCA